AGGUUCCCCACAAGUAUAUAAACAUCUACCCGUAAUGCUCUUUCAUCACAACUCACAAUUACAAAAGCUAAACAGUUCUUUAACAAUCAAAGUAAGUUUUUUUCAAAGAGAAGAUUAGAAAAUGUCUAACAACAGUCAGAGCAUGAGCUUCAACGCUGGCCAAGCUAAAGGCCAAACCCAGGAGAAGGCAAGCAACUUGAUGGACAAGGCCUCCAAUGCUGCCCAAUCUGCUAAGGAAUCUAUCCAAGAGGGUGGACAGCAGCUGAAGCAGAAGGCACAAGGUGCGAGUGAGACCAUUAAGGAAAAGACCGGCAUCAGCAAAUGAGAAGCACGUUCUAAUAAUAAAUUAUGUUUUCUGUUUUCGUUUUUAUUCUACCAGAAUAAUAAUUAGAUAGAUAUGUCUAUCUAAAUCCAAGACUAUGGAUUUCGAUCGAAGCCAUUUAGGCAAUUACUUUUGCUUCUCUAUGUUUUUUAUUUUAAUAUAAAUAUCGAUCCAAGGUUUUUUAACUCUUGUCUCUUAAUAA